AUGCUCAAGAUGGAAGCAGAUUUUGAAAGGAAGAAAGUCACAAUCAGUUCAGGUAAUCAGGUUGGAGAAAUGAUUGAUCUGGAAGUUCCAGUACCAGUCCGUGAUAAACUAGAGGAUAAAACAAUCAGACUUAAAGAGAAUAGGUAUAUAUCAUUCGAGGACAGAGUGAUAAUGUUUAAUUCUGGUCUCAUUCGCGACCGGCUGUUUAAGGAAACAUGCGAAGUAGUGUAUAAAACCAUUACAAAGGUCCUCAGUAAUGAGAAAGCAAAGGGAUUGAAAGCAGUUGUCCUGGUUGGUGGUUUUGCUGAAUCGUCGAUUGUAGUCGAAAGCAUCCGACAAAUGAUAGGUAAAGAUUUCCCUGAAAUAAAAGUUGUGGUUCCAUCAUCACCCUUUAAGGCUGUCUUAAAAGGGGCAGUGCUCUUCGGACAUAACCCAAUGAUAUUUAAAAGUAGAAUCAGUAGAGAGACUUUUGGAAUAGGAACCAAUCAGAUUUUCGAUCCAAAAGUCCACAAUGAUUCAAGAAAGUUUAAACACAAGGAAACGGGAAAAGACUGUUGUGAAAAGGUUUUUCAUGUGCACGUACGGAAAGAUCAGUCUGUUGUUCUUGACAGUAAACAACCGAUUCAAAUAUAUGCUCCCUAA